CGGGAGAAGCCGUGUAAGUAAACGAGCAUCUCGACUGAGCACACAUAUUAAGGAGCUCGCUGAUUGGCUGGCACCUCUUUAUUUCGACCAAUCGAGAAGCUGCAUCCAGAUUCGAGUAUCAACCACGCUUAAUAGUCUUCUUCCGAAGUUCCUAGCAACAAACGGCUCAAGAGAAGUUAAUUUAUCUGAAAACCCGUGCGAUAUUUGUCAAGUGCUCAACUUGCACGCGUCGCUUAAAGUUGUUGCCUUGUGUGCAGAAGACAUGCCGUUUACAAGAGGGAAGAGAGCUCAGGCUCGGGUCAACGCCAAAAAUAAAGCGAAAGAGAACACGAAUGAGCAAGGUGGCGCUGGCGUCAAGAGGACCGCUUCGCCUUCACAAGAAGCCCCCAAGAAGCGGGUGGCUUUCCUCAACCUCACUAACGCCGGUAAAAGCCGUGUUAGAUUACCAGGCAGGAAGGACUCCAGCAAGAAGAAAGCAAAGGCCGCCCCGGCGACCUCAGAAACGGGCGCGGAAAACAAAGUUCCCAACGUUGACAAAGAUGAGAACGAGGAGGGAAUAGUGUUGGCUCCAGCCGAGGUACUCAAGGCCCCACCGGCGCACCUUGAGAGACCCCAGAUUCCAGCGGAGUUCGACGUGGACGCGGAGAACCGCGACGAUUGCAUGAUGUGCCCCGAGUACGCCAAGGAUAUCUUCGACUACCUGAAAAGUCGCGAGGAGAAGUUUACGCUGCACGACUUCAUGGCCCUGCAGCCCACCAUCAAUGCAGAGAUGCGUGCCAUCCUUGUGGACUGGCUGGUGGAAGUUCAGGAAAACUUCCAGCUGUACCACGAGACACUGUACCUGGCGGUUAAGCUGACGGACCACUUCCUGGCCCGGACCGCCAUCGCCCGCGACACCCUGCAGUUGUUGGGCUCCGCCGCCAUGCUGAUCGCCUGCAAGUUCGAGGAGCGCAACCCGCCGUGCUUAGACGACUUCCUGUACAUUUGCGACGACACGUACAACAAGGAGGAGUUCCUCUCCAUGGAGUCGUGCAUCUUCAAAACGCUGGGCUACGACAUCGGCAUCCCCGUCGCCUACAGCUUCCUGCGCCGCUACAGCAAAUGCGCCAGCGUGGGCAUGGACACGCUAACGCUGGCCCGCUACUACUGCGAGCUGAGCCUGAUGGACGUGGAGCUGGCGCAGGAGCGAGCUUCGCUGCUGGCGGCGGCCUGCCUGUUCCUGGCGCUGCUCACUAGCGACCUGGGAGGAUGGUCGCCCAUCCUGGAGUUCCACAGCGGCUACACGCAGCUUGAGGUGGGACCGGUGGUGCUCCGGGUUCGCUCCAUGGUGGCGCGGCCCCCUAAAAGCAACCUGAUGGCCAUCCGUGAAAAAUACGCCCAUCCGGUGUUUUUCCAAGUUGCGCAGCUGCCGUUGAUGGACGUUGACGUUCUGGAGAAGAUGUUGUCUACCUAAAACUGGCUAGCAAGUGACUCUGUUUCAGCAGGUUCAGCUGUAAAUACGUACAUAUUAAUGUUUGUACUAUGUUAAUAUUGUUUCUAAAUGUUGUUCUCUUAUAUGCCAUGCAAAAAGUGCCUUUCAAAGACAUGUUUUACUGUUAUUGUUGUCAAAAAAGUGCAAUGUCUUCUGUUACUUUUGUAAUGGCUCGUGUGUUUGAAUGCCACCUCUUUUAAAAUAAAGAUGUUGU